AUGUCUCAACCACAACCACCACCAAACUUCAAACCGGCCCUCAUAAUAGUAGACGUCCAAGAAGACUUCUGUCCUCCAAACGGCACCCUCGCCGUCCCCAACGGCCGCGACAUCAUCCCCCCGAUCAACACCCUCCUCACCCUCCCCUUCCCCCUCAAAAUCGCAACGCAAGACUGGCAUCCCGCAGACCACAUCUCUUUCGCCUCGAACCACGCCAACAAAAAACCCCUCGAAGAUACGAUUGAAGUCGUUAAUCCGCUGGAUACCUCUGAGCGGUAUGACACGCGUCUUUGGCCCGUUCACUGCGUGCAAGGUAGUCCUGGUGCGGAAUUCGCUGAGGGGUUGGAUGUAGAGAGGGUUGGGAGGGUGGUGAAGAAGGGUCAGAAGAGCGAGGUCGAGAUGUAUAGUGCGUUUUAUGAUCCGUUGAGGACGAGGGUUUGUGAUAGUGGGCUUGCGGGGGUGUUGAAGAAAGAGGGGGUAAGUCAUGUGUAUGUGACGGGACUGGCGGGGGAUUAUUGUGUUAAGGCUACGGCGGUAGAUGCUGCUAAGGAGGGGUUUGUCACUUUUGUGGUGGAGGAGGGGGUUAGGUGUGUGGAUCAGAAGGGGUGGGAGGGUGUUAAGGAGGAGCUGGGGGGGAAAGGUGUGAAAGUUGUUGGGAUUGAGGGGGAUGAGGUUGGGUGGGUUAGGGGUUUGAGUGUUUGA